AUGAGAACUUCCUUCUAUUUUAUUGGCCAGAAAAAUGCUUAUAUGGAUGGAAUGCGUGCUAUCCCCUUUAAAGGGCUUGUUCGUAUGGGAAGGGUUAAUCAAUCUUCUGGAAGGGAGCCCAAACCUGAAAAUGACACAGAGCUAUCUAAGUCUGUCAAUUUCCACCGGAAUCAACCUCUAGGGAUGCAUGGAGAGGUUUGUUUCAAUUCAGUGCCGUCUUACGUAAUUAAAGAAGAGCUUAUUUAUGUGAAUGUCAAACAAUACUAUGUGAUUUUGAAGCGUAGUUUUCUGCGUGCAAAGGUGGAAAUGGAGAUUGGAGCUUCAAGAGCUAUAAAGGCUGGGGAAAUGGAGGCCAUACUGCAAGCGCGCAAUUAUCAAGUACCUGCAUGCGAAAUAAUUGAUGUUCUUGCCCAUAGGUUCAGCCGGAACAUGUUGUACAUCGUACCCUGCCGGCGACAAGCGACGAAGACGACUGAUAUCGGCGACGUUCAUUUUUGGGGCACCGCAGAACUCCUCUUUGUCGUCACCUUCACAGAUCCUCCACUGGGCGGUAGGCGCUCCUCGUUGCCAAUCGCGCCGCGACCUGGCAAUCUUCCCCAAUGGCGGUGCGCAAGGGCAAGCCUUGUCGCAGGCGUAUAUUUGUUCUUCGUGCAAGGCACGAUGCCUUCUUCCAGCGUAAGGAGGGGUAUAAGAAUUUUGUCUGCAACUGGACCUUGGGAAAGGGCUGAUCCAACGAGAAUUCGUGUUCCUGAGUUGGAAGAAUCAACCAAUGAUCCACUUCCUCGUUCGGGAAAAGGUAUAUUGCAGCCCCAUCACUUCAUUGAUGAGUUAGACAACAUCAACUUUGAUGACUCCUCACGGACAAAGCUCAGUGAUGGCCCUUUUGGUGAAGUCUUAAAGUUUGUUCAGGAAGCAAUAAUUUUACCGCCUUUUGUUGCGGUGGCCAUAUGGCCGAGACCUUGUCUUUGGGAGUUUCUUAGUGUCAAUGUAUACAUACUCAGCGUUGAGGAGUUGACGGUGCCUGAAUAUCUAUGUUUCAAAGGAGAACGUGUCGACGGCCAACAUUCUUCAUGCUCCCGACCCGUCUGCUCUAGAGACGUUCCAUGGUGUACUGCCUAUGAUUGUAUUCUGGACCAAGUGGGUGCCUUGGAAAACGAGAUGUUACAAAAGAUAAAGAAGCAAGGACUGCUAACAACUCCUCAUAUUCUUAUAGUAUGCUAA